AUGGUCCAAGACCCAAACUUCUGGCGCCGCUUCUCGGUCGCCGUGCACAACGACGAAGCCGCCAUCCUCGCCAACCAAAACGUCGAAGGCGGCACAAAAGGGACGAGGGAAACCAAGCAUGCGUACGUCGUGUCCCUAUCUUCCCCCAUAGACUCGCCCUCCUCCAUCAGCACACCGACCUCGCAAUGCCACCUCUCCCCGGCCUUCCCCAGCGCGGCCUUCACCCGCCCCGUGUCUGCCCCCGCACACGGCCUCCCCUCCACUCCCAUGAAGCGAGCGUCGCGCGCCGACAGCGUCGCAGCAGAGCAAUCCCCUGAGAUGAUCGCGCUGCACACCCUCCCCUCCCCCCACCCCCUCGCCCUCGCCCUCGACACCGCCCUCGCAACCCCCAAAUCCGCACACUUCGCCAUCGACGCAAACGCGCCGAAACGCGCCUCGCAGCGCGCCUCGCGCUUCCGCUUCGCACUGUCGUCGCAUCCGCCGUCGCUGCCGCCCACGCCCAAGUCGCCGGCCUUCAACUUCGGGUUUGCGGACUCGUCGGCGGCGGCGUCGAAGCGGUCGAGCCGCUGCGCGGGGCGCACAGCGUCGCGGCUGAGUCUGGGCGUCUCGCUGUCGGGGCGGCCGCGCGGCGCGUUCCGGUGCUGGACAACGAUCACGGCUGACGCGGAGCGCAGUGAUUCGUGGCUCGAGGGCCAGCAGCGCAAGGCGCGGCAGCGCAUGUACAUGUGCUGGGCGUUUUGGCUGGUGUUUCUGGUGGUGGUGGUCGGUGCGAUCGUGGCGGUUCUGGUGCUCAAGGGCAAGGGCAUUAUCUGA